UCAAAAUGAAGUUAUAGGAAUUGUUUGUAGUUUAUGUGAAAAAAAUUAUGCAAAAAAAUCAUCAACACGACCACUUAUAGAUCAUUUAACAAAAGAACAUAGUAAUAUUCUUUCUACGACAAAUCAAUUACAAAAACCAUAUAAAGAAAAUGAUAAUAAAAGAAUAAAAGAAUGUACAGAUGCUGUUAUUAAUUUUAUUGUUGGGUUCCAAAUGCCAUUUUCAGUUGUAGGAAAUUUUUGGUUUAAAAAAUUAUGCAAUAUCUUUGAUUCAUGGUAUAUCUUACCAACAUGUCAAUCUUUACAAAAUCAAAUUUAUCAAAUAUUUGAAAAUCAUCAUAAUUUAAUUGCAAAAGAAUUAUCAGAGCUUACAGUAAAAGUAUUGCAUGUAUAUGUAUAUUAUAUUAAAAAUCGUUGUUUAAAAUUAACCACUCAUAUUUAA